AUGCCUGGUGGAAAGGGAAAAUCUUCCGGCGGAAAGAGCUCUGGCGGCAAGACGAGCGCUACCGAGGGCAACAAGAAGCAGCAGAGUCACUCUGCGCGCGCCGGUCUUCAGUUCCCUUGUGGCCGUGUCAAGCGUUUCCUCAAGCAGAACACUCAACAGAAGAUGCGCGUGGGAGCCAAGGCUGCCGUCUACGUUACAGCUGUUCUUGAGUACCUGACUGCUGAAGUCUUGGAGUUGGCAGGCAACGCUGCAAAGGACCUCAAGGUCAAGCGUAUUACACCCCGCCACCUCCAGCUUGCCAUCCGUGGUGAUGAAGAGCUCGACACUCUCAUCCGUGCGACAAUUGCCUACGGUGGUGUGUUGCCACACAUCAACCGUGCUCUGCUGCUCAAGGUUGAACAGAAGAAGAAGGCCAAGGCUCUUGAGGGUUAA